CUCACCGAGCUGCCAAAAGGGUUUCCUCCUACUGUCUCUCAUUCAACAAACUUUUGCCGAUUCCUUUAUUUAUUACAUUUUUACGCACCGUUUGACAUCUCCACGAGCAGCCGACAAUCUCACAGCUCCCUCGUGCGUUUUCCACACUGGCGAUUUUUACCCGAACUUCAAGAGGUGCUAUGCAAGUUUACAUACUGGUGAUAUGCGCUUAUGGAGUGUGGGCACUCAAUAUCACAGAGGAGACGGCGUUGUGCCCUCUUGGAUAUUUCCCCUGUGGAAACCUGACCUUGUGCCUCCCCCAGCUGUUACACUGCAACGGCAUCGAUGACUGUGGAAACCAAGCAGAUGAGGAGAACUGUGGAGAUAACAAUGGAUGGCCUCAUCUAUUUGACAAGUAUUUUGGGAUGCCCAGCUUUAACGUCGGAACCAAGUCCAGUGUGUGCUUGCUGGGUGUCGUUCCUGAGCUCUGCCAGUGCCAGGACCUGGAGCUGGACUGUGACAGCACUCAGCUUCAAGACAUCCCAGUAGUGGCAAUGAAUGUCACCAUGAUGUCUCUACAGAAGAAUCAACUCAAAACUGAAAGCAAACACCUUUUAAAGCACCAGAGCCUCCAGAAACUAUAUCUCCAACACAACAGAAUCAAAGAUGUGAAUCCAGAUGCAUUCAGAGGCCUGUAUAACCUCACCAGGCUAUAUCUGAGCCACAACAAGAUAUCUAUCCUGAUGCCAGGGGUGUUUCAAGACCUGCACAAGCUGGAGUGGUUGAUCCUGGAAAAUAACAACAUCCAUCAAAUGUCAUCCAUGACCUUUUCAGGACUGAAUUCCCUUGUUCUGCUAGUUCUGCUGAAUAACUCUUUGACAAAACUGGAUGACAUCUGUCGAGAAAUGCCCAGACUCAACUGGCUGGAUUUGGAGGGAAAUCUCAUUGAGACCAUUGGAAAUGUCUCGUUUCAUUCAUGCAACAUGCUGACAGUUCUGGUUCUGCAGCGUAACAGGAUCAACCAUAUUCAUGAUCAGGCUUUCUCAGUCCUGCAAAAACUUGGGGAACUAGAUUUGUCCAACAACAGACUGGUGUCGAUCCCACCCAAUCUCUUCGUCUUACUGGGGGAUUUGCUCCAACUGAAUAUUUCAUAUAAUCCUAUCUUGGAGCUACAGGUUGACCACUUCGACAAGCUGCAUAAACUGAAAUCUCUGAGCAUAGAGGGGAUAGAAAUCGGAAACAUCCAGCGGAGGAUGUUUGAGCCUCUGAAGUACUUGACUCAUAUCUACUUUAAGAAGUUCCAGUACUGUGGCUACGCUCCUCAUGUGCGCAGCUGUAAGCCCAACACCGACGGCAUCUCGUCCUUUGAGGAUCUUCUGGCCAACAUCGUGCUGAGGGUGUUUGUGUGGGUGGUUUCUGCCACCACCUGCUUUGGAAACAUCUUUGUCAUCUGCAUGCGCUCGUACAUCCGCUCAGAAAACAAGCUCCACGCCAUGUGCAUCAUCUCCCUCUGCUGUGCAGAUGGACUGAUGGGAAUCUACCUUUUCAUGAUUGGAGCAUAUGACCUGAAGUUCCGUGGUGAAUAUAACCGCCACGCUCAAGCCUGGAUGGACAGCAGUCAGUGUCAGGUCAUCGGCUCCCUGGCCAUGUUAUCCACGGAGGUGUCGGUCCUGCUUCUCACUUACCUCACCCUGGAGAAAUACAUCUGCAUUGUUUACCCCUUCCACUACUUAACCCCUGGUUGGCGACGAACUGUAACCAUCCUUCUGGGAAUAUGGCUGUUUGGUUUUGUUAUUGCUUUCCUGCCGCUGGUUUGUAAAGGACUGUUUCGCAACUUCUACGGAACUAAUGGUGUUUGUUUCCCACUGCAUUCGGAGCAGCCGGAGACACUGUGGGCUCAUGUUUACUCCAUUGUGAUUUUCCUGGGUUUGAACUUGGUGGCGUUCCUUAUCAUCGUCCUGUCCUAUGCCAGUAUGUUCUAUAACAUCCAGAGAACGGGCACUCAGACCACUAAGUACAGCAACCACAUCAAAAAGGAGGUGACCAUCGCCAAAAGGUUCUUCUCUAUCGUCAUUACUGACUCCCUCUGCUGGAUUCCCAUAUUCGUCCUCAAGAUCCUGUCACUGCUGCAGGUGGAGAUUCCGGGUACCAUCAGCUCAUGGGUGGUCAUAUUUAUCCUCCCCAUUAACAGCGCCCUUAACCCCAUCCUCUAUACACUGACCACACGACCUUUCAAAGAGACUAUUCUGCAAGUUUGGGCCAAUUACCGGCAGAAGAGGCCACUGCUGAGCGGUCAUCCGGCCCAUCACCCAUCACUUACCUGGCAGGAAAUGUGGCCCCUGCAGGACAACAGCCAGGGCCUCGCCGCAGGGCAACUCCAAGAAACGAAAAACACGCAACCGAAGCUCACCCCAGUGGAAAAUGCCAACGACGGAUUUAACGACAUUCCCACAUGCACGCAACAAGAACACAAACCACCUACAGUCGUGUCCGUAUGUGCACAGAGUCAAACAGUACCACACACAACCACACAGAACCACACAUGAGGUCUAACGGCACAUCUAUCAUUACCUCAACCAAUUAUGUGAGAAUCAGGUUUAUCUGGUGUAUUACAUGACUGUCUUUAAUUUGUCUUUGUGUUGUGUUUAUAUUUCUCCCAUGAAUACUAAAGAAAUGCUCUGAUUGUGAAGAUCAGAUGAUGACUUCAAAUUAGUUGCCACACUGAUGUCUGGGUUAGCAUUUGUUCCAACAACUUUCUUUAGUCAUAAUAUUGAACUUUUAUGGUCAUAUUAAUUUUUAAUAAUUUGCCAAGUUAGUGUACUGUGUCCUCAGUUGGCCACUUCAUGUCCUGCAUUAUUAAAAGCAAAUCCAUGGGAGCUCUAGCCUCCUAAUUAGGUUCCCUGCAGAAUUUCUGAUGGAUAUUAAUUUACUAAUUUUCUUCACCACCUCUGUGCUUCUGCUCAUCUGUUUUGGUCUGUUUCCUGACACUUGGCCUCUAAGGGACACUCUGUUUAAUCCCUUAACCAUACUAGUGCCUGAAUGUCAGUACACCUCACUUUUCCAGACUCAGUUGUAGAGAUUCACAAGAAGAACAUAAAGACAUUACCAACAAAUAACACUGACUACACUGUCUGGACAAAUAUUGCAUCAGCCACAGGUAACCCAGUGUUACAUCAGUCACAAGCAACUCCAAGAUUCAAAGCUUUUUUUUUUUUUUUUUAUUGUCAACUCACUAGAUGCACAGGACAUACAGAGAAUUGAGAUGCUGUUUUUCUCCCACUUUGUUAUUAAAAAAAAAAGGGGUCAAAAAUAGAACAAGAAUAAAUAAGAGGUAUAAAGAAUAAACUAAUAGAAUCUAAAAUGUAUACAUCAAUGGUAGGGCAAAACAGUAAUGGUUAUGAGGUGAAUAAUAGAUCAAAAUUGCAGCAGAUAUAACGGUAGCAGCAGCAGAUAUGACAAUAGUGCAAUAAUUCAUACAUUUGAAGUGACUUUUAAUAGUGUAUGAGGCUCACAGGGUCAUGUGUUUUUUUCUACUUCUUCUAUCCUAUGUAUUAGAACC